CGUAUAACCACAAAUCCCUAAAUCCCUAAAACCCUUCCUCCCUGCACAAUCCCAAAUUCCCCAGCUUUUUUGGUAUUAUUUUCUCCGAGGUUCGGAUUUUCUCAUCGAUACAACUUCCAAAAUCCGCCGUCAAGAAACAGUUUUUUUCUCUACGCUAAUACAAAAUGGGCCAAGAUCAAAGCAAGUCCAUUGAGUCCCCCGAACCCAAUCCAAAAAGGGAGGAAUCAGAACCGGAAUCAGGAUCGGAAUCGGAAUCAUCUUCUCCCCCUUCAAUGGAAUCAUUACUUGCGGAAGCCGCGGCAUUUGGGAAUGAGGAUGAAAGUUUGUCUAUGGAAGCCAAAGCUCAAAAAGCACUAGAAUGCCCUUGUAUUCAAAACCUUAGGAGUGGGCCAUGUGGGUCCCAGUUUUCGGAUGCCUUUUUAUGUUUUUUGAAGAGCACGGCUGAAGAGAAAGGGUCGGAUUGUGUGAUUCCCUUUGUGGCAUUACAAAGGUGUAUUAAGACCAAUCCGAAUGCGUUUCCAAAAGACGUAUUGGAAAAUGAUGAGGUGGAGAAAGAGAAGAAACCAGUGGAAGAUUAUAAAAUUAUUCCUCCGAGAUGGUCGAUGGAACCAUCAAGGCCAAAAAAUAAGCUUUAGUAUGAUGGAAUUGGGAAAGGAACGGAAUGGUUGAUUCCAUUCUUUGUUUUGCAGAAUGGAAUGGGUUAUUCCAUUGGAAUAAAAAAGCUGUUGUUUGUUUUGGAUGAUGGAAUGGAAAACGACCAUUCUUGAAGGAAUUUUAUUCCUGUACCUUUUUUUUUUUUUUUUUUUUUUUCAUGCAGAUGGAAUCUGAUGAGAAGUUGUAAUUUAACUCGUAUUGUUAUUUAUGAUUUACGACUCAAAUGUUCAAAAAGGAAAUAUAUGAUUCUAGUUAAAUUGUAAUUUUUUUUUGACUCUGUCAUCGCCAUAAAGUAAACAUGAUUUGAUAUGUUUUUUA